UGUGUGCUCGUGUGUGCGUACGGAAUACCGCUCCGUCCUCUCUUGCGCUCAUCAACGGACCGGACCCUUCCGGUCAACUGGGCGAGCCGCCGUUUGAUUGCGAAUAUCGACGCUGGCUGCAGUCAAUCCGCACCACAUCGUUUGAGUAACCAUGGGUAACAUCGCGUCGAGUGAUGCACACGGCCUUUGCAAGGAAGACGGUAAUGGUGACCAAAAUGAAGCGGGUGCCGGCGAUCCUACCCGCAAUGACGACAAGACCAAAUACAAGUCAUUUCCUGGUUCGGCAUUUUUGGAAAAGACCCUCUGUGGUUCUAUUGACACUACCGAUCCGGAGGAAUACGAGGGCGCUCCCUACGCGACACAACUGUUCAAAAGGGCCGACAAGCUCUGUAUCUCGUCGCCGACCGAGCGCAAGGGUGCCUCCUUUCCUUUUGACGCCUCGAGCUUGACCGAAGAGCAACAGAAAGACCGCGCAACGGAAGAAACGUCCCAGAAUCAAUCGUCUUCCCUCCUCGCCCGCGCCCUGAUGAGCGAAGUCACGGACAAUCCCAAAACCAUGACUCCGGCCGCCAUGACGGCGCGCGAAAAAGCCCUACUCAAAGCACAAAUGGGCGCAUCCAAAAGUGCGGCCAAUCAUGCUGCACGGAGCCCGGGCGAUUCCUGCAACGCAGCCUCGCCGCGACCCGUCGGUAGCCAAGGCCAACCCAACGUGAUCGGUUCGCUCGCCUACGCCCUCACUGGAGACGACACAGUCGCCAACGUUUGCGUGCAUCCCUCGCAAAUCACACCAACCCUGGGCAGUCAGCACGACAGCGCCUUUUCACUGGAUGCUGCUUGCAACAGGACCGAGAUUCUCACGCCGAAAAGCAACAAAGGUGCGGUAGCGGCCGCUCCCGACGGACCGUUCGCGGUGACCAUUGCCCUCUGUCUGUCGCAAUACAACGCCGCCGUAGGUCACCCCGAUACCGUCACCCGACAAACAGCCUUCGAUUUCAAUGAAGUGCAGGAUCGAACCUACAAGUAUGUGUCCAGUACCAGUGCCCAAGGGUGGCAGGCUGGUGGUGGGGAAAAAGGUACCAUUACGGAUGCGCAGUCCCACGCAGAAUCAUCUUCACACGCUAAUACCACCAAAGGCGGUGUCGAUCCGUUAGUGAUACCUACGGAAAAGGUGGAAAAGCAACCUCACGUAGACAUGUCCCACAUUCCCAUCCUCCACGUUAAUUGUCAGAACCAGCAACAAGUCGAUCAAAUUAUUCAUGCCUUGGCGUCGGGAGAAAUAUUUAUUCCGCACAUGGAAAUAAUACCCGAAGCACUGACGGCCACCAACAACAGUCCGCCCGAUCUAAUGGUCAGAUUUGGCUGUGAACGAAACGAUGAUCUUCCACCGGACGAGUGGAAUAACUGGUGCGUCGAAUUCAUGCACAAUCAGUGCUAUGAAUACUUCCACGGCCUCGGGGCUUUGUGGAUGCCCCGCCCCUUUGGAAUCCGAAUCGCUUCGCAAGUCCAAUGGAAGACGGUCAAGCACAUGAAUCGAUAUUUUGCUCAGGCGGAACGUGUAAUUGAUGACUGGCGCAGCCAGGGACCGCAAACAUUGGAUCCGGAAUUGUCCUUUGGCGAUACAAAGCCGGAAGAAGUUGCUCAUCCACACGGGAUUUAUCUGCUCCGGAAUGGAACGCCGACCAACUACUUUGGUCCUAAUUUUGAAAGGCCAUACACGACCAGAAUGACUCGCUCACUUCUUCACAACGUGCUGGCCAAAUCAUGGGAUUCAAGACGACGAGAAUGGAGUUCAACGCCGAUACCGCGGUUGGUGGAACCCGUCACCCUCAUGGCGGCAGCUUUGGGUUGUCACGAUCCGUCGGCCGGGGGAUUCCUCGCUACCGAGGCGACUACAUCGAGCGGCGGUAUAGUGGGUUCGAGGUUACACCAUUCAGCAAUUGGCAUCACCGCAGCGCCUCAAGUUGGUUCGACCACCAGUAAGAUGAGAGCGCUGAAUACGGCUUCGCAAAGCAAAUCCUUUUUGCAGCCAACCAGUGCGAACGGUAAGAAGCAGGAAAGUACAGAACAGGAUGACGAAAAGAAAAUGGAAGAAUGCUUUGACCGGAGAGCUGUCAGUAAGAAAGCCGGCAGUCGAUAUUCGACGGAGAGUGUACUGAGCCGUGAGCGUUCAAUUGAGCCUAACGGCAAUACUUCACCAACAGAACUCGCUCCCUCCGUUGUGGCGUCGACUUACGCCCAAUCCGUCGCCGCUUCGGGUACCACAGUGAUGCACACCAAUACAGCUGGCCUCUACAGCGACGAGGACUGGGCAAACGAGUUUGGUGGGUUUGAGGAAGAGCAAUGGCCCUCAGGCGUACAAGCGCCUUCAGGGUGGCAGAAGAAGAAGGCGGAAAAAGGGUUGCAACAUACUUCAUUCCAAGCACCUGGUAAGGGAAAUCAACGACAAACAGAGCUCUUGCCUAAAGGAAAUUUUAUUGACAAAUCUAAAACGACGACAGGGAGAAACGUGCCAAGGCAGAAGCCUGGGCCUCCAGCGAGCAACUUUGGUAACACAAUCUAUGCUUUGAACGGUGGUAGUCCACGCAAGAGCGAAAGAGGCAGCGAGUUUUCGUUGGACUAUUCCGAAGAUGGCGCGAGUACCAUGCUCAGUGUACCAGACCAAUCUACCUUAUUGGGACAACACUACGUAGGCGAUGCGUCUUCCCGGAAUGAGCAGGACGACGAGUCGGCUGUUUUAUCCUUGCAAGAAUCGACCAGUAGUUUCAUAUCGGUCAUACCGACGGACGAGGAAUUAUUAGCAGUAGGUUGGGCCAAGGCGAUGGAUGCCAAGAGUGGAAAUUAUUAUUACUUCACGUUCGACAGGAAAAAGGUUGUUUGGGAUAAUCCCCUAAUGAUGGGGCCAUUGACUACUAAUCCGAGGGAUCCAUAAAAGAGCUCCGCGCACGACGUCCUUGUUAGAACUCUCUCAGGAACAUGAUGCCGCAGAAAGUUGGUUUGGUGAUGGAACGGACACCAUUUGUUUUUCAUUCUAGUAUAUGGUUGUGGUGCAAGAAAGUCCAACUUUAAUCGAGAGGCGAUUGCCAUCUCUCCUCUCACAGAAAUGGGCCCAAUUUGAUUUGUUGUUAAUUUAUAUUCUCUAUAGUCAGCUUCAUCAAUCG